GGAGCGUUUUCUGCGAACGUCUGGCGGUGGAGCAGCAGCAGUGUGGACGCCAACGCGACACGGGCACUGUGGCUGUAUGGUACAAAAACCAUUACGUUGCCAGUUCGUUUUUUUAUUCUCUUCUUAGGGACCGGCUUUAUGAUUAAGCUACAAUCUUCAAUGAGUAAGCAUAUCCCUCAGUUCUGUGGUGUUCUUGGUCACACAUUUAUGGAGUUUCUGAAGGGCAGUGGAGACUACUGCCAGGCUCAGCACGCCAUCUAUGCAGACAAGUGAACCAUAGAAAUCCAUUACUACUCCACUGAGAAACCCCCGUAAGGAGCUGAGCACCAGGCCGUGACUGGGGAGAACUGAAGCGUUGAUCUUGCAGCAGCGGAAAGGGCGCUCGUCUAACCUGAGGAGAACAUACCUGGAUGGGGUAAUCCACGUGUGCACUGCCCUUGUUGGCUCCCCCUCUCUCCGGAUUCAAGAAACCCUGCUAUUUUUUAUAUUUUUUUUUUAAAUUAUUCUUUUUUUUUUUUUUUUUUUUUUUUUUAAAGGAGGAGCAUAUUGCUCAUCUUGUCCCUUCACCUGCCCCUCUCCUUCAGUCUUAAGCUCCUCAAUUUUUAGGUUGGAAAUACCUGAUCUUCACGUGGAGUAUAAAAAAUUCUUAAAUUACUCCACCAUUGUGUUGGAUUGUUUAAACAAAAAAAAAAACAAACUUUUGUAUUUGUUGUACUUGAUUUUGUGUGGAAACUUAAAAAAACAAAAAAAAUGGCCCGUAUGAACCGCCCUGCCCCGGUGGAAAUCACUUACAAAAACAUGAGGUUCCUAAUCACUCAUAACCCCACCAAUGCCACCUUAAACAAGUUUAUAGAGGAACUGAAGAAGUAUGGAGUGACCACUGUUGUGAGAGUGUGUGAAGCCACCUAUGAUGCCUCUUUGGUAGAGAAGGAGGGUAUUCAGGUUUUGGAUUGGCCAUUUGACGAUGGAGCGCCUCCCUCCAGCCAGAUUGUUGAUGAUUGGCUGAAUUUGCUGAGGGCCAAGUUUCGUGAGGAGCCUGGCUGCUGCAUCGCUGUUCACUGCGUGGCUGGCCUGGGCAGGGCCCCGGUUCUAGUUGCCCUUGCCAUGAUUGAGUGCGGGAUGAAGUACGAGGAUGCUGUCCAGUUCAUUAGGCUGAAGCGCCGAGGCGCUUUUAACAGCAAACAGCUUCUCUAUCUGGAGAAAUAUCGUCCAAAGAUGCGCCUGCGUUUCAAAGAGUCCAACGGUCAUCGCAACAACUGCUGCAUCCAAUAGAGUGGAAGUCAUCCGGUGCUUGCUAGUUUCCCUGCAAAUGGAAGAGAAUGUUCUUGUUACAUAGCCACAUACAAUGCAGUUUGUUUCUUUUAAUUGCUUAUUUUUGUUUUUGGUUCUUCCAUGUAAAAGUAUGCUUGACAUCCAGUCUUCAACCAUUCAUUGUCUGUCUUUAGGUCUUAAACUGAUACUACAUUAUAUUCAUAGUUUUAAGUGUUAAAAUACGUCGCAUUGGUUGUUUUGUUUUCAAAGAAAUUGUUUUGCAACUGUAAUAGCAGUUGGUUCCAGUCCUCCCACAGACCAUAAUGUGUACAAUGGUGUAUCGCGUACUUAACCUUCGUCAGUACUUAAGUUGAGAAUCUUUUAAAGAUCAUUGGCUUUUCCUGUUUCCAUCACUGCUGUUACAUGAUGCUUAGCACAAAUGCUAUUCUGUAUGGCCUUGGCUAUGAAAAUCAGAAUAUGCAAUUAAAUUUUAGUAUAUCUCCAGCAUUUGCAGAACAACAUGGGUGGUAUGAUUCGGUUAUUUACAAAUGGAGAGAUGAGAAUGUGACAAAGGCAGUUUUAGGCUGAAAAUACUAUCUCCACGCAAAAUGUACUGUUUCCUUGAGUGAAAAAUUAAUCUUGUAGUGCAGUAAAACAUUUGGUUGUAAUAUGUGACUUGUAUCCCUUCCAGUCUUACUUUUCCAAACUGUCAGAGGGGGAAAAAGCAUAAAAUAUUCGGGCUUUGUGUUGUGCAAUCAUUUCACUUGCGAGAUGACAGUAUUCAUUGGACGGUGUAUUUGGCAAUUGACAACCAGCCUGUGAUGUAUUGGGUAAAAUCUUAAAGCAAGACACUUCUAAAAGUAUCUGGAGCUUUUUGUUAAUUUUAGUUGCUUACGCACAGGUGUAAUGACAUGCCAAAUCAGUCUACUAAUUAAAAUUGCAAGAUGACAUCACAAAAUUGAUGUUUGACCAAAUGUAAUCUUGCUGUGGCUGCCAACAGUUGGCUAGAUUUACUUUUACUUGCUGGUUGUGCAGUAAGUGACCUACUGUAUAGAUGAGUAGCUAUGUUUAUCGUGGUGCAAUAGCUCUACUUACUGCCAAUUUACGAAGAGCAGUGGUAAUGAAACAUACCACCCCUGAGAAGUUUUGCAACUAAUUUGUCAUCACAGCAUAAACUAGUCCAUUUCUAUAUACAUAUAUGUAUGCGUACAUAUAUACGUAUAUGUAUGUAAGUCUGAAGGGUGAUUUCCAUAGGCAACAAUUGUACUUGUUGCUUUUUGUAAAGGAAGUAUUGAUCAGAUGGCUUUAUGGUUGAGCUUGCUACCUUUGCAGUUGAUGUGAACAACCUUCCUCUUGAGCUUUUCCCUUUUGUAGAUACAAGCUCACAAGAGGAAUCGCAGGUUUGCAUUCAAAUUAAGUUUUCGGCAAUGCUGCUACCCUGCCAGUGAAUUGGACCAGGAGAAAUUAAUGCACAGAUUUUAUGGAAGAGUAAAGUUUUUCUGUUUACAGGUUUUUGAUUGAAAAGCAAACUGAAAAAACUAAAAACUGGAUAGUUUUUUCUAUGUAAUUUGAGUAUUUUGUCAAUUUAAAUCUGUGCAGGAUCCUUUUAAAAGAAAUAUGUUUUAACUUCUUUGAGGUUGCAAGAUAUUUUUAGCAUACUCUGGUAAAAUAAUGGUAAAUUAGGUGCCAAAUUUUACUUUUUGAUAUAACUAAAUGUAAGAACAGACUAGACCAGCUUGAUAACUUUACCUCCUUAUAGAAUAUUUGUGUGGAUACUCACUGUACAUAGACAUUUGUUUACACCUGUCAGUUUCUUUGAGGGCUAUUUUGCACAAGUUUGUUUUACAUUUUGACAAGACUAUUUACCCCACAGUUAGUAUCCAUUAUUUGUCCUUUGUCCUCUUCCAUAAAACUGUUGUUCUCUAUUAAACUGUUGAAGCACAUACUUCUGUUUGAUCAUUCAUAUUUAUAAAGCCUUACAGUUUUAAAGGUACAUGGCACACUGUGGUUGAUCUUUGUGGGGCCAGUUGAAUUUGAUUUGGGAAGGGGUGAUCAGUAUUUCUACUUGGAUAAAAAUGUUGCCUUUGUUUUCAGGAAAUGCCCUUCAGUAAUUUUUUUUGAUUUGCUAUACAUUUUCUAUGUAGCUAAAAGUUGCAUAUUGUAUGAUAAGCAUCUUAAAACUUAAUUUCUUUUAUUGCUUAAACUUGUUUAUCAGAUACUGCUUUGUCUAAAAUGUGAUCCCCUCUUUCUUGGCUUCAAACUGGACACCUGUCUGCAAUAUUUUGUAUGCCUUUUUAUUUGAUCUGCGUAACUUAAUACUUGGAUACUUGAUGAAAUAUGUAUUUGAAAUGGUGAUGUGUAUUAAUGUUAGAUCAAUUAUUUAUACAGUAAUUGGGAAAGUGUGGUGUAGUACUGUGGGAGAAGUAAAUUGCCAGUGUUCACCAGUUUGUGAGAGCGCUUGUACAUCAAAAUAAACACUGAAAUGCAUUAAUGCCUCAA